AUGCUGGAGCAACCGAAGGUGACCCGGCUGGAUCUCCUGUCCAACAUCGGAGGAAUCGUAGGCGUCUGUCUCGGUGUUUCCCUCAUCACCAUCUUCGACAUAACGGAAGAAGUGUGUUGGUUCCCAUACGAACCCAUGCUUCUGGACCCCAAAAUAAUAUUCUUUCCUCGAAUUCUAACGAAAUCCCAGCUCCCUCCUGCAUGCAUCCUCCAUACCUGCAGAAGUAAGAACCGUCUCGUUUACCGCUCCAUCAUGAUCCUGAGUCAUUGCUUUCCCAUGUUGGGACUAUUGUGCGCAUUGGGUGGGUCGGCGGCCCAAGAAUGCGGAGGAAUUUUGACUGAAUCCCAUGGGGAAAUCGCUUCUCCUGGAUAUCCGGAAUCCUAUCCACCAAGCACUACUUGCGAAUGGGAAAUUCAGGCACCUCCCACCCGUAAGAUCAUUUUGUCUUUCGUGGACUUCAACCUGGAAGACACCCCCGACUGCAUCAGCGGAGACUUCCUGACCGUCUCGGACCCGCUAGGCCAGCCUCAGACCUUCUGCGGCCGGGAUCACCCGUGGAUGCUCGAAUCCGUCGGGAACCGACUCACCGUCAGGUUCUUCUCAGAUGCCAGCAGCGAACACGGGUUUCAAUUUAAACUGUCUUACAUGACGGCUUCCAGAUGCGACGAUGGCUGGGAGGAAUUCGAUCGAUACUGCUAUUAUUUUUCGGAAAAUCAGAAGAACUUUACAGACGCUCGGAGUUAUUGCCUGUCUAAUGGAGGGGACUUAGCUAGCGUCCAUUCGAGUUCAGAGCAGAUAUUUCUGCAAGAAAAUACAAAAACAGCAGCACUUUGGAUCGGUGCUGAGCCGACAGGGGAAGGAUUGUGGGUGGAUCCAUGGAACUUUGAGUUCAUCGAUAAUACUCCCGAGGAUUACCAAAAUGUAUGGGACGGGGAAGAUCCUUGGAUUCUCGGCAAUGUUUGUGAUGAUAUCGCAUGCGGAAUUAAAAUGCUUCCUGACAAGUGGCAGGAUCGUGAUUGCAGAGAAGAGCGACAGGUCCUAUGUGCCUCUCAAGUUUCUCACGAUUCUGGUUGGUACAAUUGUGGUGGCGUAUUUACCCAUCUAUCGAGCUCCAAAAUGAAUUUCGAUGAAGCCAGGGCCUACUGUUUGAGCUUUCCCGACUCCGAUAUGGCAAGUGUUUCAGAUGGGGAUCAACAAAUAUCGCUAGCUCUAUGUCUCAUAGGGGUCGCAUUAGGGGACACGCUCGACAGCGCGGAGUUAUGGAUUGGACUCUUGAAAGACGGCAGCGGAGACUGGAGGUGGGUGGACGGAUCCCCUUUCACUUACGAGAGAUGGGAAGAUGAAUACCCACAGGACGAUUCCUCCAAGUGUGCGGUCAUGGUUUCCUCAUCGUGGGAGGAUGCUCCCGCCGCGUAUAAGUAUUCCUUUGUGUGCAAGAAGUUGCCCUGA